AUGACUGGUAGGAACGUCUUGGGGAAUUUUAGCUCGGCCACGCGUCGCUAUGGCAACUGUGUGACGCCCGUGUUAACAACGGCCUCAGGAUCAGGCCCCGGCCAAAAUGAGGCAGGCACGUUCCUGGCCCCACAUCUAAGUAUGCACCAGCUGCUGCUGCUGGCUUCACUCUGCCUCUCUUCUCUGCCAGCUGCUUUAACUAUUUACCAGAAGGCAGCUGGGGGUCCAGCCCCCACCCCGCGCCUGCAGUACCUGCUGGAGCCCCUCCAUGAGGUGGUGCACGCCCAGCGCGGUGCCACGGUCACCCUGCCCUGCGUCCUGCGGGCGCGGCCCCCCCACUACAAGGUGAAAUGGAGCAAGGUGGAGCCGGCCGAGCUGCUGGAGAACAUCAUCCUGGUCACCAACGGGGCCCAGCACAAGACCUACGGGCAGCUGGGCGGGCGGGUCCGGCUGAGGCGCGGCCACCGCAACGACGCCUCCCUCACCAUCGCCGGGGUAGCGCUGGAGGACGAGGGGCGCUACCGCUGCCAGCUGGUCAACGGGCUGGAGGACGAGAGCCUGUCGCUGACACUGACGCUGGACGGUGUCGUCUUCCCCUACCAGACCAGCCAGGGGCGCUACAGAUUCAACUACUUUGAGGCUAAGCAGGCCUGUGAGGAGCAGGACUCCAGGCUGGCCACUUACCAGCAGCUCUACAAAGCGUGGACCGAAGGGCUGGACUGGUGUAACGCAGGCUGGAUUCUCAACGGGACCGUCCACUAUCCUAUUAUUAACCCCCGAGAGCCCUGCGGGGGGCGGCUUCUCCUCCCGGGAAUUCGGACCUAUGGGGCCAAGGACAAGCAGAAGGACCGGUUCGACGCGUUCUGCUUCACCUCUGCUGCGAGGGGCCAGGUCUAUUUCAUCCAGGGCCGCCUGAGCUUCAAAGAGGCAGGGCAGGCUUGCCGCAACCAAGGGGCCACCCUCGCCAAGGUCGGGCAGCUCUACUCCGCCUGGAAGUUCUCCCAGCUGGACCGUUGCGACGGGGGCUGGCUGGCGGACGGCAGCGUCCGCUACCCCAUCACCACCCCUCGCACCCACUGCGGGGGCCUUCCGGACCCCGGCGUCCGGAGCUUCGGCUUCCCCAACAAGGAGCAGAGGACGUAUGGGACCUACUGCUUCUCGGUGAAAUAGGGAUGGCGCGGGGUGAUGACGGGACGCCGGGUAGGGGACGGCAGCUCUGCUCUUCGCUGGUUUCCAGCCGCCCUGCCCCUGUCAAGGGUCAUGAGAUCCGUCUCCCAGGCGUGUUUCUCUUUCCCAGUGGGUCUCAGGCCGGUUUCCAGCAGCACAUAACCCUCGCUUGGCCCAUCCGCUCAUCGUCAGCCUUAGCAGAGAGACCAAGGACUGGAUGGGCCAUGGAGACCAGAAUCCUGUCUCAUGUCCAGAGGUGCCUCCUCCAGGAGCGCUGGCCAGGAGAGGCCAAUAGGCUGCUUGCCCUGUUCUGUGAACAGAGGAAUCUGUUCUCUGGAGCCGUGGCACAAAAUUCAACCCCUGGGGCGAGGGCCUGUGUGCAACUUAAGCACUGAUUUGAGGGCUUACGUGGUGCACAGGCUGGAUUCAGACCCUCUGCCCAGAGGUGACUUCUACCCUUUCGACACAGAGAGCAAGUGAGAAUGGAAGCACCAAAGCCCCCAACCUCAGAACUUCUCGGGGCUUCUGCUCUCCUCGGUUUUGGGUUCCUGCUGUUUGCUAGCUGCCAUCUGGAGCAGGGGGUCGUCAGGAGAAGACAGAAUCCAUGGGACUCAGUAAGAAUCCAGGGUCCUGCUCCCAUGAGGUCGCUGGACCCCUCAGAGGAAUAACCAGUAGCUGUAGAUUUUUUGGUUUAGUUUAAGGCUAACGACGAAAUGGCAUUUUGUAUCCAUUACUCACCUAUUUCCAACAGGGGAUGGGGUGCCUCUGGAGAUAAAAAGCUUCCUGACUCUCUGUACGCUUACUCGUGCUUGUGGAAAUUCACAGUGAUAGCAGGGCCACAACUCAGCUCCCUCUGCUCUGCAAAGCACAGGUCCCUUCCCACUUGAGCUAAAGGAGCAUUUCCUUAAUUAGCGGCAAUAUAGGGGCUAUGACGCACAGCCGAGCCGUUCUGAUUCCAUUCCCGCCGAGGGCAGCAGUGCACCCAAGCCCCCAGCCAGCUCACUACAUUGUGCUCGGGAAGGUCUGUUUUUUAACCCCAACACCCGCCAGGCUCCCCCCGUGAAGAAGCCGUUCAGUGCCAAUAUGCGGCAGGCUGGAAAGUAAUGAGUUUGACUAAUUGAGUUUAUCCAUGUAAAUUUAAUAAAAAUGAUGGUAAACCCA